AUCACCAGAUCUGUCGGCUCUUAUAGAACUCCUCGCCUAGGCUAUAUACACAUCCGCUACAUCCAGCCCCUCCCUCCCCUGUCUAGCCGCCCUCCGCCUCCCCGUCUCGCUCGUUCCCGCCUCUCGCCGCCGCCGCCGCCGCCCUCGCAGCCGCAAAAUGCCGUUCAAGAGGUUUGUGGAGAUCGGGCGGGUCGCCCUGGUGAACUACGGCAAGGACUACGGCCGUCUCGUCGUCAUCGUCGACGUUGUUGACCAGAACAGGGCACUUGUUGAUGCUCCGGACAUGGUCCGCUGCCAGAUGAACUUCAAGCGGCUCUCUCUGACCGACAUCAAGAUUGACAUCAAGCGGAUCCCUAAGAAGGCAACUUUGAUCAAAGCUAUGGAGGAAGCUGAUGUGAAGACCAAGUGGGAAAACAGCUCAUGGGGCAAGAAGCUGAUUGUCCAGAAGAAGAGGGCUGCGCUCAAUGACUUCGACAGGUUCAAGGUCAUGCUUGCCAAGAUCAAGAGGGGAGGAGCUAUCAGGCAGGAGCUAGCGAAGCUUAAGAAGGAGGUUGCUGCUGCUUAGAUCACUUUGGCGGGCAGACUGUUGAGCUUUUGGUCAGAGUUGUAUCUUUGCCCCAAAAUCGUGAAAUAUUGUGCGAAUCACUCAUCACUGUUAUUGGUGUAUCAGAUGAAAAUUUAGUAGUGUUUGAGAUUUUGCUGGACUUGUCAGGAUCCGAGAUGGUAUGUUAUCUAUCUGUUAUUUGUGAUGCCAUCUAAA